UGGAAGAGGAUGACGACGAUAAUAUCAUUAUCAUUGCUAUGGCCGUCGUCUGCUCAUUGCUGGUCAUUGCACUCAUUUUGGCAGCCAUUUUCUUUGUGCACCGCCGCAGAAAGCAGAGGGGUCACAAGGAAACAGGACCUGUGCAGCCUGACACCCUUGAGGAGACAGAAAUGAUCAAAACACGAAGACCUAUCCUGAUUCGAACGUUCAGACGAACUCUGGUACAGCUCCACGGAGAUUCAGACUUGCUGUUCCGGGCUGAGUUUGAGGACAUACAGAAGCUCAGCGCUAGAUUUCCCCACGGGAACAAACCGGUGGAUGAACUGCCCUGGCUACAACUCUGUGCGGGAAUACAUCGCUGCCCAGGGCCCCAUGCCUUCCACUGUGCCAGACUUCUGGAGGAUGGUGUGGGAACAGAAGUGUAAGGUCAUCGUCAUGCUCUCAGACCAAACCAAGGGUUGGAAGGGAAAAGGGAAAUCGUACUGGCCGAAGAAUCUCAACGAUUCUGUUGAGUAUGGAGGCGUUGUGGUGAAGAUGACCCAGUUCUCUAUGAUCAACACAUACGUCAUACGUAAAUUCCAGAUCUCCAUGGGUUCAGACACGCGCCAGCUGACCCACUUUUCCAUGCAAGGAUGGACUGACGCCAAGGCCGACUUGACAGUAGAAGAUGUGGUAGGCUUCGUUCAAAUUGUGCGACAGGAAGCCACACUUACAAAUUCUUUGCCAUUUGUCGUCCAUUGCAGCGCUGGUGUAGGUCACACUGGCACUUUUAUCGCCCUGGACUAUUUGACCCAGUACGUGGACAAGCACAGUCUAGAUGAAAACAUAGACGUUUUCAGCUACGUCAUGAAGAUGAGGGAGAACUGUCCCGGUAUGGUGCAGACGGAGACUCAGUACAUUUUCAUCUUCGAUGCACUGAUGGCGGUGAUACAGAAAAAGAUCAAUGAAGACCAGGAGAGUGUCUAUGACAAUAUCGGAGAGAGUGAAGAGGACAAGAACGAAAACCCUUCCUGGGAAGAAACUUCUCAUUAUUAUUCAACCAUAGCCUGAGUACCAAAAUGUAGAAGGGAUCAACGAC